UGCUAAAUAAAAAAAAAAAUUUCUUUUUAAAAAGCUAGCGAGUUUCCAUUUAUAUCAUCACUUGGGGCCAGAGACAUCCAUAUCUGAGGCCAAGAUGAAGAAAAGCAAGGCCCCGUCUUCCAGGAGAGCUGAAGUCCUCCAUCUAUACCAGAGCUAUGCUGCAGGUCUCCCUACUUUGCCUGCCUGUGCCUUCCUCAAGUUCCUCCACAGGGAGCAGAUGGAGCUCACAGCAAAUAAAGAGACGGCAGAGAGUCUGAUUGACAGAUAUGAGAUUGAAGAGACGGCUAUACAGAGCAGGUCUAUGACGUUUGAAGGCUUCCUCAGAUACAUGGAGUCCAAAGACUGCUGUGUGUUCAACCAGGCUCACACAUCAGUAUACCAAGACAUGGACAAGCCUCUCUCUAGUUACUUAAUUUCUUCAUCACACAACACCUACCUGACCGGAGAUCAAUUUGUAGGAAAGAGCAACCUGGAUGCCUAUGUUAGUGCUCUGAGGAAAGGCUGCCGCUGUCUAGAGAUCGACUGUUGGGAUGGUUCAGAUAUGGAGCCUGUAGUCUGCCAUGGCUACACCUUCACCACCAAGAUACGUUUUAAGGACGUCAUCUCCACUGUGGCACAACAUGCCUUUGAGGUGUCUGCUUACCCAGUGAUCUUGUCUUUGGAAAACCACUGUUGCCAGGAGCAGCAGGAGGUCAUGGCCCAGUACCUCAUCUCCAUCCUGGGGGAUAUGCUGCUGACAGCACCCUUGCAUCAUCUAACUGGAGACCUCCCCAGCCCAAAUGACCUGAAGUAUAAGAUCCUCAUCAAGAAUAAAACGCUAGCGCCUCAGAUUAAGAAGGAUGACACAGCAGGUGCAGAAGAGAGUGCAAGUGAGGGCGAGUAUGAUGAUGAUGAAAAGGAGGAGAAUAAGGAAGAUGAGAAUCGUCAAACCAAAGGAAUGUUCUGGUGUACCAGAAAGGCAGGGACAAAAAAGAAACAGAAGAAGGAGAAGGUGGUAGUAGCUAAGACUUUAUCUGACCUGGUCAUAUACACGAGGUCUGUCAAGUUCAUCAGCUUCAGUCACUCAAAGGACAAUCAGCACUGCUAUGAGAACACAUCCAUUGAAGAGAAUAAGGCUCGCAAGCUGGUCAAAAACUCAGGGUCAGAUUUUGUUCAGCACAACCAGAGGUUCCUUAGCAGGAUUUACCCAGCAGGCACCAGGCCGUUUUCCUCCAACUACAACCCUCAGGAGUUUUGGAACGUUGGCUCGCAGCUUGUGGCUCUCAAUUUUCAAUCACCGGGCUUGCCAAUGGACCUUUAUGAUGGCCGUUUCCAAGACAACGGGGGUUGUGGAUACGUCCUGAAGCCUGCAGUGUUCAUGUCCAGGGAGAAGAGCUUUGAUCCCAGCUGCAGCCAGCAAUGUCUCACACCCACACACCUGCUGCUCAAGGUGAUUAGUGGAUCCAACCUACCUAACUCCAGGACUGGUAAAGCUCUGGACCCCUUCGUCAGAGUGGAGAUCCAUGGGAUUCCAUCAGAUUACUGUCAAAAAUACACUCAUACUGUCAAAAGCAAUUCUCUGAGUCCUCAUUGGGAUGCUGACAUGAACUUCAGUAUCAGUGUCCCUGAGCUCUGCCUCAUCCACUUCUGUGUCCGAGAUCAGACCAACCUCCUCAAAAGCGAGUUUGUGGGCCAGUACACGCUGCCCUUCACCAGCCUGAAGAAAGGCUAUCGCUGGGUUCCUCUUAGGGGCCGAGACAAAUGCAGCCUGGAUCCAGCUUCACUGUUUGUCUUUGUCUCGUAUUCCUAAAAACAGCUCUCCAUAUCACACUCCCUCACACACAGACACAAACACCUUGCCA